AUGGUUUCGACCAAGAUAAAAGAUUUAGAAGUGAUACGGCCCAUUGUACACAGUAACUGCAUUCAUGGUUUAGUUGCAAUCCUACGAGCGAUGUUUCAGCUGCACAUCGAAUUUGCGGAUGCCGAACGAGUGCACGAUAGUCAGUUAGUUUUUUCGACUGUUCAUGCAAACAAGGAGGAACUAACCAAUGAAUUAUCUAUAGCAAUGCAGCGAUUAUGGGCUGAUCAAGGUGUCCAAGACUGUUACCUACGUUCUAACGACUUUCUAGAUAAUCUGCCAAGGCUCAGUGAAGCAGGUUACAUACCAACAGAGCAGGAUUUAUUACGCACCCGAAUUAAAACUACCGGCAUCACCGAAGUUCUUUUUGACCUCAAAGGUCUUACGUUCAGAGUGAUUGAUGUUGGUGGACAGAGAUCGGAGCGUAAGAAGUGGAUUCACUGUUUUGAUAAUGUUAAUGCUAUAAUUUUCAUUUCUUCAUUAUCCGAAUAUGACCAAACUUUACGCGAGGAUAAUUGUACGAAUCGAAUGCAAGAAUCGUUGAAGCUUUUUGAUUCAAUAUGUAACAGUCCAUGGUUUGCCAUAAUACAUUUCAUUUUGUUCCUUAACAAAAAAGAUCUCUUUGCUGAAAAAAUUAAGCGCUCUCCAUUGAAUGUUUGUUUUCCCGAAUAUAAAGGUCAGCAGAACCAAACUGAGUGUAUAAAUUAUAUUCAAUGGAAAUUUGAGCAACUAAAUAGCUCAUCGAAACGUGAAAUUUAUUGCCAUCAAACAUGCGCAACAGAUACCAACAAUGUUCAGUUUGUAUUGGACGCGUGCCUUGAUAUGAUCAUUGCAAAGAAUCUCAAGUCAAUGGGGCUCUGCUGA